CUAAAAUCCAGGGGCACGCGACGCAAGUAGCAGUCGAGAGCCUCAGUGGGCGUGAGCCGAGCAGCGAUACGAGGCGGGGGAGCUGCGGGACAGCCUCUGGAAGCCACGCGACGCGCCAGCCGUGCGCCGCGCGCAGACCUUGCCGCCGUCUUGAACAAAUGCGUAGCUCUUCUAUCCUCGCGUUGUGCGCGGCCCUGGCGCCCCUCGCGGGCUCCCUGGCGCCGCCGCCGCGCCGCGCGGGCCUCCGGCCGGCGCGCGGCGCGGGCGGCGCGCCGCCGCCCCACUUGCGCCCGGCGCGACGGCGCUGCGGCCCGCUCGGCCGCGCCGGCCGCACGCGCCUCAGUGUAUUAGGAACGGACGAGGAGGCCCUCAAGGAAGCGAAAGCCGACAAGUACAAACAAGCGUUAAUGGAAGAAUGGUCCUCGGCCUGGGAGGAGGAGGGCGAAAAGGAGGGCUUCGACUGGGAAAUGGAAAAACUGAGGUCAGUGACUCGGCGUGGGAGCUUCAAUGACCUUCCUUACGCCAUCGACGCGCGUCGUCACGCGAGGGCAGUUUCGCGACGGUCUCGUUCCACGCAGGCGGAAGCUCGAGGACGUGCCCGAGAUGUACGGCGGCCCGAAGUUCUGGCGAAGAUUUAUUGAGGUCGAGCCCGAGAGUGUCUACGCCGCCUACGCCGAGUCUAGCUAUCCUGGAAGUAAACCGGGCUUCCAGGACUCGUUUCGUAUUUUAUUCAACAACCUGCUCCAGUUCAUCCUGGGCAAUGAUUCGGAGGACGGUGCCGAGGUGGCGUCCUGGGACUGGCAGGGAGCUCUGGAGAGGGCGGGCCCCAAGACGUUCUUUGGGAGUGUCGCGGCCGGCGACCUACAAACUUUGGUAGGGGGUCCCCUCUUCCUACUCCUCACGAAGUACCAUAGGGAGCUCGGGCCCGUGUUCAAACUGGCCUUCGGGCCUCGCUCUUUUAUAGUUGUGGCCGACCCGAGCAUUGCGCGAUACCUGCUCCGAGAUGGAAGCCAGAACUUCGACAAAGGCAUCCUGGCCGAGAUCUUGGCGCCGAUCCUAGGUAAUGGAUUAAUCCCAGCGGACCCCGACGUCUGGAAGGCGCGGCGGCGCGUCAUCUCGCCGGCCUUCCACAAGCAGUGGUUGCGAAGUACGUUGGCCCUUUUCGACGACUGCACGGAGGACCUGCUAGUGGACUUGCGGAAACGAGCGCGGUCCGUGGAUCCCACUGCACCUUUACCGGAGACCGUCGACGCGUGGAAGGCCUGGAAGUACGAGGACGACGCGCCGGCGAGAAAGGCGGGCGCGGUCGACAUGGAGGAACGGUUCUGUUCGGCAGCUUUGGAUAUUAUUGGGCGGGCCGUCUUCGACUACGACUUUGAAAGUGCGUCGUCGGAGUCUCCAUUAGUAAGGGCUGUUUAUAGAUGUUUGGUGGAAGCGGAGCAUCGCACGACGGCGUUCAUCCCGUACUGGCUCAUCCCCGGCGCGCAGCUCCUCCCGUCGCAGCAGGAGUUCAACAACGACCUCGACCUGCUCAACACGAAGCUGGAAGAGCUCGUGACCAAGGCCUUCGACGACAUCGCGAGCAUGGGAGACGAAGUUUAUAGGGAGGCCGGCCAAGAAGUUACUGAUGAGGAUGAAGUCAAGCAUACAUCAUUAUUACGCUUCCUCGUGACGGUGCGCGGCGAGGAGGCCUCGGCGACGCAGUUACGGGACGAUCUGAUGACGAUGCUCGUCGCCGGCCACGAGACGACUGCAGCUUUAUUAACCUGGACGCUGUACGAGUUGUUCCAUCCCUCUGGUCGCUCGAAGCAUCAUUUACAAAGAGCUCGGGAGGAGGCCGAUGCCGUGUUCGCGAAGCGCGCGGCGGAGAACAGGACUGGAUCAGUGUACGAAGAUGUACUGGACGUGCCCUUCAUACGUCUCUGUUUAGCGGAGGGUCUGAGGCUCUACCCCCAGCCUCCGUUACUCAUCAGACGAGCUUUGGAUUCGGAUGAACUACCUAGACCGUUCCCCGAUAGCCCAAAAGUAACUCCAGCUCGAGGGUCGGACAUUUUCAUGAGCACGUGGUCGCUGCACAAGGACCCGAAGCUGUGGGACGAUCCUGAGUCUUUUGACCCUUCUAGGUGGGAGCGCAAGAAGGAGCCGGGGCCCGACGCGCCGGCGGGCUGGCGGGGCUUCGACCCGGCCAAAAUUCCCUCGCAAGCCCUGUAUCCGACGGAGCAGAGUGCCGAUUACGCGUAUCUGCCCUUCGGUGCGGGCAACAGAAGGUGUGUCGGGGACCAGUUCGCUAUUUUGGAGGCUACCGUGAUGCUGACGUCGAUCAUCCACGAGCUCGACUUCGAGUUCGCGCUGAAAAAUCCGGAAUCGAUCCAGCCGAAGACGGGGCUCGGGGGCCUGCCCGUCGCCGACGUGGGCAUGCGCACGGGCGCGACGAUCCACACGGAGCACGGGCUCUGGAUGCGCGUCUUCGAGCGGUCGCCAUCGUCGAGUAAGGAGUCGUAGUCGA